AUGCGAACAACGCUGGAUUUGCUUCGACCAACACAAAUUGCGGAAACUGUGAAUAUCAACAACCAGGACCGACAGUUUAGCAACAACGAUUUGGUCUACGUGCAGGUGCAUAAGCGAAACGACUGGUACUGGGAACCGGGUAACGUCAUCGAAAGAAUUGGAUCCGUUAACUACAAUGUUUGGCUCUGUGGUAAACGAUCCGGUUUAAUCCGAAGUCACGUCAACCAGAUUCGUCCACGAUACGACAGUGCAAACACGGAAGCGGAGUUUCUCAACAAGCACUUACCGCUGAGCGUUCUGCUAGAAGAGGUCGGUAUACGACAACAACCGACUGAACCAUCACCAGAGGCAGUAGAUGAGCAUGCACAAGAACAGCUGAUAGGGCUGUCUAACCGGUAG